CAGUUGGCUAACCGUGAUAAAGUUUAUAGUUGUUCGUCCAUAAAACCAAUAUUUAUAGGUUUGAGCUGUUGCCAUCGCAGUAUGACCUUGUGGACUUCAACAUCCAGAUAUUAAUUAAACUGGAAACUUUAUUAAAAACCGAAAGACAUCCGCUUUAUCACUAAGAAGCUCUUGCUUGUUAUCACCCAGCCGGCUUGGUCAUCGCUGAUAAGGCCAAAAGAAAAAAAAAGAGUACAAUCAUCCUUUUCAACUGACACGUAACAUGGAAGACAUAGUUCCCGAUGUGGUGGAUGCCGUCCCCGCCGGCAUUGUGCAGGUUUCCUAUGGCGAAUGCAAUGUCGUGUGUCGGGGCAAUGAGCUGACCCCCACCCAGGUGAAGGACCCGCCGACUGUCCAAUGGUGUGCGCCCGAAGGAGAUAGUCUGUACACCCUGCUCAUGGUGGAUCCCGAUGCCCCUACACGGCAGGAUCCCAAGUUCCGUGAGAUUCUGCACUGGGCAGUGGUCAACAUCAAGGGCAACGACAUCGCCACUGGUUUUCCGCUAGCGGCCUAUAUUGGUUCCGGUCCCCCGGAGGGCACUGGCCUUCACCGCUACAUUUUCUUGGUCUAUCGCCAGGGGAAUAAGAUCGAGGAGGGUCAAACUAUUCCCAACAAUGUUCGUGCCGGACGCCUGAACUUCAGCGCUCGUCAGUUUGCCGCCAAACAUGGAUUGGGGGAACCCAUUGCCGCCAACUACUAUCAGGCACAGUAUGAUGACUAUGUGCCUAUCCGCAACAAAACCAUAAUCGGCUAAGAUUUUGCAUAUAUCAUGCACAGUUUUCCAUUUCAACCCAAUAAUAAAGUCGAACCAUUCGCUUA